AGAAGGUUUCAAAAGCAUAGACAGAACAAAACAGAGCACUCAAUGUUCGGUUCCAUGCAAUGGCAAUCUCAGGCUCAGACAGACACUCCAACCAAACUGACUGCUCCGUUCGAAACCCACUGCGUUAUAUGCGAGUCUUGCGGCUUCACCGAGGAAUGCACCGUCGCUUACAUCAUGCGCGUCCGGGAGCGUUACCAGGGCCGUUGGAUUUGCGGCCUAUGCAUCGAAGCCGUCAAAGACGAGGCCCUGAGAUCGGCGACACUCAUCUCCACGGAGGAAGCGUUGGAGCGACACAUCCGCUUCUGUGAGAAGUUUAGGGCGUGGAAUCCUUCGGAUGAGACGGAACAUCCUAUUUUUGCCAUGGGGAGGAUUCUUCGUCGAAGCCUGGAUUCGCCCAGAGCUCUUAGGACUAAAUCUAGUAGCGCGUUGCCUGGACUCGAAGGAGUUAAGCCCCCUCCUAUGCUUCGAUCUGAAAGUUGUUUCUCGGCUCUUUCUACCUGAAUUAUAU